AGAAGAGAGCUGCAGGAGUGGCGGAGGCGGGGACGCCUUUAAGGCCCGAGCUCCCGCCCUCUUCCCCAUUCUCCUCCUCCUCCGCCUGGGCUGCAGAGGCUCCUGCUCGGCGCGCGGCUCCGCGGCGCCCACCCCCUCGACCCUUCCUGCUCCUCCCCGGUUCGCCAUGGCCUUCGCCACCCGCCCGUUCGUGCGCUUCUCGUCUGCCACCGCCGCCGCCAAGAAACUGGUGGUGAAGCAUGUGGCGGUGAUCGGCGGCGGCCUCAUGGGCGCCGGGAUCGCCCAGAUUGCUGCAGCCACUGGCCACACUGUUAUAUUAGUGGACCAGUCAGAUGAAAUACUGAAUAAAUCCAAGAAAGGAAUCGAGGAUAGUUUGAAAAAGCUGACAAAGAAAAAGUUUGCAGACAAACCUGAGGCUGGUGCUGAGUUCAUUGAGAAGACCUUAAAGAACCUGACCACGAGCACAGAUCCAGUCUCUGUAGUCCACAGCACUGACCUCGUAGUGGAAGCCAUUGUGGAAAACUUGGCAGUAAAAAACGAGCUCUUCAAAACAUUGGAUAAGUUUGCACCAGAGCAUACCAUAUUUGCCAGCAACACUUCAUCAUUGCCCAUCACAGAGAUAGCCAAUGCUACCACGAGGCAGGAUCGCUUUGGUGGCCUACAUUUCUUUAAUCCGGUGCCUUUGAUGAAACUUGUGGAGGUUAUCAAGACGCCAAUGACCAGCCAAAAGACUUUCGAGUCCCUCAUGGAUUUCAGCAAAGCAUUGGGGAAGAAUCCGGUCUCUUGUAAGGACACUCCUGGGUUUAUUGUCAACAGGCUCCUUGUGCCUUACCUGAUGGAAGCAGUUCGGCUCUUUGAGAGGGGAGAUGCAGCAAAGGAAGAUAUUGACGUUGCCAUGAAGCUCGGGGCAGGCUAUCCCAUGGGCCCGUUCGAACUCCUGGACUAUGUUGGUCUGGAUACCAGUAAAUAUAUUAUAGAUGGGUGGCAUUUGUUAGAGCCAGACAACCCUCUCUUUGCUCCAAGCCCGCUGCUGGAUAAACUCGUAGAGGAGAAGAAGCUGGGGAAGAAGACUGGAGAAGGAUUUUACAAAUACAAAUGAACUUGGCCAUGUUUUUCCAGAGUUAAGGAUAACCUCCUUGUGCCAUUUGGAUGUACUUGGAAUGCUGCUUAAUCAGGGCUUUUAAAAAGAAGUAGUCAACACUACUAUAUAAUCAAAAUGCACAGUGUGUCUUGAGGCAAUUGUUUUCCCGGGUUAAUGAUUUUCUCAAUCUAUGAUUCUGAGAGCUUUACAUUCUCAAAGUGCCUUUCUUUCAUAAGCUCCCUGUCUCUAAGGCCAAAUAAAUGGGGUCUGAGUUAAUAAGACUUGUAACAAGCAUCCUGUUUAAGAGGCGGACACUUGAAUGCGAAUAAAAUACUCCCCAGAUCAUCUUGAUAA